AUGAGAUUUAAUCUAACUGAGGACUUAUCGAAACUUUUAUUGACUUCAAGAUCAAUCCAAGAAGAUCGUUCUAAUAGGUAAAGAUUUGAGGUCAGUAAUUUUAAUUCAAUGCGUGGUGUAAACAAUCUACUCUGCUGACUUAAAAUACUCAGAAAUAGCGAUCAUGCUCUGAUCAGAUCAGUUUUAGGUAAUAUUGGUUUGAAAGGGACUGAACGUCAUAUUCCGUGUACUGUGAUUAUGAGCCAAAUGGCGCCUAACAAAUAGUGGAAUGUACGCUUGAAAUGUCAGAAGCAGUAUACCCUUAUUUUUAGCGACGAUUGAUUUCAUACGUCGUUGAUUAUAACACUGUCAUUUUGGUGAGCAUAUUUCUGGAUUAUCUUUGACUAUAAAUUUAUCCACUUAUGCCCGAAGAUAAGAACCAAAACGGAUUGAGAGAAAGAGUUAACUUUGGCUUACUUCAAGUGGUACGGGCUGAAUCGUUGACUCCUGUAAAAUGCAAAUCUCGCGGAAUAUGUCUUCGCUUAACCGCAAUAUUUUUUGAUAGAGAAUUGACAGGUUUGUUACUGAUCUAACAGGAAGCAAAUGAUUUAUUCGAAUCAUUUAUUGGCUUUCUCGUACACCGUACAGCUGUAUGCCCAUGCACGAUGCAUGGACUUCUAAUGCGCUGUCACACGCGACUAAACAUACAAGAUUGUUUUCUUACAUUUGGCAACAAUUAUUACAAUUGAUUUGUGCUGGGCCAGGUUGAUUAACAAUACAAGCACACGGCAGGCGUGGACUGGGUGUAAAUAUAAAACUUCAUUCUGUGAAUAGUCACAAAGCUAACGUUUCUAUACACUUUUCACAGGCAUAUCAAGGAGAAUUAUAAAUUUACACGGAUGGCAGGGCUCUCCUUCGACCAAAUUAACAGCGCCAAGAAGAACCUAAGGAAAGCUCCUCCACCAAAGGUUCCUUUAGGUACUACCGCAAGUCAAAAUGGCGAUUUCUCAUCUGAUGCAGGCAACGUAUCUGUAGCUGCGUUUCGAAAUAGAUUUGAACAAAAGCAAUCGCCAACAUCAAAUGGACAAUUUGGCUCUCCUUCACGUUUGAGUGGUGAUGACAGAAGCUCAGGAGAAAACAUUACGUCACCAAGGGCUAAAUUUGAGAAAUUUGAGCCGAAAUCUGCAAAGAAACCUCCACCACCACGGAAGCCACCCAUCGGAGCCAAGUCAAGUAAAAUGUUACGAAGACUCGAUGACAACAGCAAUGCUUUGAAAGGAGAACCAAACCGUAAAGAAUUACCACUUUUCAAUAGAAUAGGUGCGGCACCUCACAAGAAACAUAAACCUGCAAACUUAAAAUUCAAACUUGACAAGUACAAGGACAAAAUUGUACAGUCAAACGGUACCAACCAUACUGACAGAGGGUGCAACGAAGGUAGGGCACUACUGAUGAGAAAUAAAUGAGUUAAAACAGUACAAGAAAAAUAAAUCAGUUAACAUAUUUUUCGAUUUACCCAUUUAGUUUUGUUUAUGUUGGAUUUAGCUCUGAAAAUAACAAGAAAAAAGGCUUUAGAACACCAGAAAAAGGAUUAAAAAAGUUCAUGAACAUCUGGGCCCAGGACACGUUCCAUGUGCCGGAUACGAAACCUUAUUAACCUCCCUCGCCUGUUGCUCGCUCAAUUGCUUAGAGCACUGCACCGAUGUCUCAGAGGUCAGGCUUCGUAUUCCGAGUAGCCUGAACUAUUUUUCAGUUUCAGGCUUUCUUUACGUACCUGCAUCAGGUGCGUCUUCAACUGUGAUGAUCGUCUUCACAAUAUAUGAAAUUCAGAUAUUCAUUAUUUCAUCUUCAUCUCAAUUUUUGCCCCCUCAUACCCCCAUAUCGGGUAUAUUACCCGAUAAGGGUGAAAACCUACGUGCGAUCUACGAUGACGAUACUAAGAGAACAGCUAAUCCCUAACUCUAAUGCACACAAGCCUAGAACAAGCGACAGAUAUGACAUGCAGAGAGAUACUCACGUCUCUUGUUACUUUAAGACAUAUAAAAUAGAGCUCUUCAUCUUAAAUGGAAUUCAGUCAAAAAGGCCAAUCACGGUCAGAGUCUUCCCAGAUGCUAAUUAAUGACAGUAUGCUCUUUAACUGAAGAAGAGCCCGUUCGUUAAUAACUCACUGCUCAUUAACUUGUUGAACGCAAAAUUUUGGAAAAAAGAAGAGGCUCUCCUGUAAGUUGUUUUUUAGUAAGUGGGUUUCUAUUAUGGUUUCAUCACUCCCCCCCCCCCCCCCCCCCACCCCUGUCCGCACCUUCAGGAAUUCUACAUCUCGGGCUCAAAAGGAAAAAAAUGGCUGGCUACGCCCCUACCAGUUCUAACUCAAUGCCAUGGGUUAGAGCGUUGCACCGGUAUCGCAAAGGUCUUAACAGCGAUGAUGAGUUUUUUGCAUUUAUUUCUUCAUUCAUCGGUUCCAAUAUAUGAAAAACAUAUUUCAUCAUUUAGUAAUACGUAAUCCAUACGAAGGCCAUCAACUGACGUCAUGCCGCUCUUUUGUUGCAGAAGAAGAUCAAGACAUUUACGAUGAUGUAGAGUCUACGCUUCGUGGGGAUCUAGGUAAUCUAAAUUAAUUUCCUUGUUCGAUUAUUAAACAGAUCGUUUUCACACACUCUGUUAGCAGCUAUGCAAAAAGAAGUCUUUACAUGAGAGAAGAUUUCAAUCCUGUUGAAAAGCUUUUGGCAAACCAAAAUGGCCGCUGUUUCAAUAUGGCUGCUAUGACGUCAGAUGAAAACGAUCUAUUAGAAUCCGUUUCCCUGUUCUACUUGUUCGCUUUCCGCAAGCUCUUUCCUCCGCAUGCGCAGAGGCCCCCGCUGGGUAUUCCAAUAAAAAUAGCAACAAUCGAAAAAUAGCCUCUGCGGAGGAGAGAGUUCCGCAGGUACAUAGUGAAGUCUGGGUACGAGAUUACCUGUCCCGGAUGAAGCGGCUACUUCAAUAACAUGAGCAGAAGAGUGGGGUAUACCUGCUGCGCCUUUCCGCUCACUCUCUUCUUUGUUUCCCUUCCCCUCUCCCCUCUGGUCGUCACUCAACCCUAACUGGGAUGUUAGAUUUGCUGCUUUAUAUGACUCGGAGAUGGGGGAUGUUUUGGGGAGGAGAGGGAAUGCGUUUGUGCAAUUUUAAACAACAACUAGUGACAACGGCAGUACAAACGAACAAAAGAACAGACUGAAACAAACCAACAACAACAGCAACAACAAAUUAAACAGAAACAUGGUGUUUUUAAUAAGCUAUACAGCAGAAUAGUCCCCUCUAGACGUUUUUCUCAUGACUAACUGUCUGCCGAUGAAAACUACUUUUCUCUGUCAGGACCCUGUCAGUAACACAUUUUUAUUUCAUCCAGUAAAGGGAGAUAUACUCUUCUAUAUUUAUAAGGAGAAUUUUACGAAACUUUUCUAGUUCGCUGCUUUUUUCAUCGCUUCAUGUUGAUUGUUAUUUUUCUUGCUCCAGAUUAUCAGCCAGAGGAAACGUAUGAAUGCGUAUAAAAUGCUUGGCAAAUUAACUCCGAAAGGCUCAUCAUGAACAUACCACCAGUUCCAUGACGU